GGAGCGGCGGGAGCCUACAAGGUUAGCAUAGAAUAGCAUAACGCUGCGGUCCCAUAGACAUUUUAUGGGCGGUACACUAGCGAGGAGGCAAGAGGCCGUUCUUUUUGAAUGGAUGUCUGUGGUGGAGAUGCUUCAGUGUGCUGAAUAAACUGCUUUUUUUAAGGAAACAUUUUAUCACUUAAUGAAUUGACCGCCUGUCCGCUAAUCUUCAACAUGUUUUACACUAAAAAAUACUUUUGGGGUGAACUAUGUGUGGAGUUUACUACGAUAAAAUUGCUGUUUUAAAAGAUAAGUCACGGACGAUUUUGCGACAGGUAGUCAGCUUACGGCUCUCCCCAUUCAUUUGUAUGAUAUCCGCAAAUGGUGACUUACUGUCGUAUCACGCUAGUUGACCAUUACGCUUUCUCCCAUGGUAAAACCGCAGAUUGUUAAAUUAGUAUAGAAGAUCUCUGGCGUAAGGGUCACCGCUUGCUGAUACCAUACCAAUAAAUGGGGAGAGCCGUAAACUACCUGUCGCAAAAUUGUCAGCGUCUUCUCGUAUUCCCGUAAUGCGCCAGAGAAACUAGCGCGCAGCCAUCUUGAAAAUUUUGUCUCGGAACUUCCGUUUUAGGUUCUAAAUAGAUAUCUAUGGUGUUGAUUUUAAACUGUAAUUAGCUAGCGAAGUGGAUUUACAGGUUAUAGAGUUGUCAAAAGUUAACAUGAGUAUUUUAAAUGUUCAGGGGAUGUCAUAACAACUAGAAGCAGAUUGAGGAUAUUUUAAAACAAGAUUAUUUUAUUCAUAAAUACACAAGAUCCUACCUUCAAGCUGUGGAUGAUCUGAUGUGCCUCUAUGCUCAUUAAACUCCAAGAGAUAACACAAAAUAAUUAAAAAUAUAUUGUAUGACACCUCUGACCAUCCUCUCAUGUCAUUCACCCAUCGCGUUAUAGUUAAGCCCAAUGACACCACAGUGACUGCUCGAAUUUGUGCCUGCCUGGCAGACAUCUCGGCCUGGAUGAAGGAGCACCACCUGCAACUCAACCCAGCCAAGACUGAACUCCUUGUCUUUCCAGCCAACCCUGCUGUUGAACACAACAUCACCGUGCAGCUGGGUGCAACUACAGUAACACCUUCCAAAUCGGUCAGAAAUCUAGGGGUAACCAUCGACAGCAGACUAAAUUUCACAGACCACAUCUCAAAGACUGCAAGAUCAUGUAGAUUUACACUCUACAAUAUCAGGAAGAUAAGACCCUUCCUCUCUGAACAUGCCACACAACUGCUUGUCCAGUCACUUGUCAUAACUAGACUGGACUACUGUAACGCUCUCAUUGAAGGCCUCCCUGCAUGUGCAAUUAGACCCCUGCAAAUGAUCCAGAAUGCAGCAGCACGUCUGGUCUUUAAUGAACCAAAGAGAGUGCAUGUUACACCACUCCUUGUCUCUCUCCACUGGCUGCCAGUUGAUGCAUGUAUCAAAUUCAAGGCUCUGAUGCUGGCAUACAGAAUAGUCACUGGGUCUGCUCCAGCAUACCUAAAAUCAUUUCUGCAGAGCUACGCGCCCACUGGAAGCCUGCGGUCAGCUAAGGAACGUCGCCUUGUUGUACCAACACAAAGAGGCACCAAAAAACUUUCCCGGACUUCCAGCUUCAUCAUACCACAUUGGUGGAACGACCUUCCCAACUCCAUCCGUGAAGCUGACUCACUCUCUGUCUUCAAAAAAUGACUAAAAGCACAUCUUUUCCAUGAGCACUUAGCCAGUCAUUAAAUAAUAAUAAUAAUUCCUGUUGCACUUUAUUCUGUUUUGAAUACUAUUCUGAUGCUAGUGAAACUUUGUAAUACGGCACUUUUCAUACCACUGUCUCGUUAAGAUGA